AUGGCGUCACACAGGAGAAAAAGGAAGAACUAUGAUGAUCGGGGCGACCGCGAUGGCCUGUACGAUCGAGGUGACAGAUACGAGCGGAGUGACCGGUACGACCGAAGUGACAGGCACGAUAGGCAGGACAAGGAAAUAAUUUACGACCAAAUAUAUUCCACGCCCAAGAAAAACAAGCCAAGGUGCAUGGUUGUGUCAAACUAUAAGGACAACCUGUUGAGCUACUUUCAGAGCAUUAUACAUGUAGACAAUGUGGGAAUAAAUUUUAGCAACAAAUGGUACAUACAUUUUUACCGAGUCUGUUUGUAUAAUGAAAAGUUGUAUGCAGGUGCGUCUGCGUCGACGGCCGAUGGGGCAGCAGGUUCAGGCACUAAUGCACAGAACAACACAAAUGUAAGUAAAAAAAAUAUUGACAAACUGAUCAUCGAAUACAAUGUGGAGGAAGUCCUGCGGAAAGUACAAACAUUAGUAGUUAGAAAAUUGGAUUGUGAAAAUUUGUACUACCAAAAAAUUUUGGUACUUGUGUGUCUCCUUUUUGACUUUUUUCAAAAUAAAAAACAUGUGAAUGUAAAGACUCUGAGGAAUUUGGAAGGAGAGGAAGAGGAGGAUGAGGGUGGGGAAGGGCGUGAUCAAUUAGCUAGUCACCGCGCUGAAGGGGACCACACAACAAAUGGAAAAAAAAAUUCUCGCGUGAAAGAGUCCAAGAAGAGGUCAAGAACCAUAUCCGUAGCUGCAAGCUCCUCUAAUUACGGAGAUGAUGAUUAUGAUGAUAUAACAAACCAUCGGAGGGGCAGCAGCAAAUAUGAACCAGAAAAUGAAGUAGACAUGAAAAAGAAAAAACACUUGAGACAAAAAAAUUUUCAAAAUGAAGGUCAAAAAAAUUACUAUAUCAUUGAAUUUAAAAAUUUACUUUUUAAUGAAAAAAAAAAGUUUAAUAAUAUUGAAAUAUUUUAUCACAUUACCAACUUAAUUAUACACAAGUAUUGGUACUCCUCUGAAUUUGCGCGAUACAACAUUUUUGUUUGGUUUUUAAAUUACCUGAAUAAUAAAUUAGAGAUUAAGAAAAGUAUUAACAAGAUAAAUGAACAGCUGGAAAUGUUCAUCAAUAUACACCCGAAAAUUUUUAAUAUUUCCCAUGCAAAGAAAAGGAGGAAGAAAAACACCCACCAUAUCAGUGCCAGCAAUAGCAGUUAUCAUUUGGCUGGCGCAGCAGCGGGUUCUUCCAUUUCCAAUCACAAUAGUGCCCAUCAUCAUUUUGAAAAUGGUGUGUUAGAUUACCCGAAUCUUAAAAAUAGGAGUAGACAGCUCGGGGGGGGAUUCUCUGAUGCAACUAAUAUGGACAAUAAAAAUAAACCUGCAAAUGUAGACAAUAUGAACAAGGUUAACACUUUUGGUAAUUUCGUAAAUUCUGCCAAUGUGGGUAACUCAGGUGGUAUUGGCAGCACCAGCUUUUUUGGUGCUCCCAGUAGCAGUGCUCCUCUUGGCGGCAUGCAAAUAGCCACCCCAAACGUUAUUGCCUUGCCCGGCAACAACAGCAUCACCAGUAAUAGCAACAACAAUAGCAAUCCAUUCAAAGGGUUUAACCAAAGCAAUAACAUAUUUAGUAGCAGCAAAGGUAAUGAAAGCAGCUUAUUCAGGAAGAGCACCAAUAGCACCUCUGCGGCCACGUCUCUCUUUGGAGGUUCCCUAACCAGUAAUUCGAUCAUGCAACCCUCCGGUAAUAGCACUCUGCCAAAAUUCACGGGCGCCUUUUCUGGAGGUCUGAACGCACAAGAUAACUCCAGCGCCACAGGCCCCAACCCUAGCGGUAACAACCCCCUCUCAGGGAACAUAUUUGGAAUGAAGAGCAGCUUAAUGAGCAAUAACACAUUUGGCGGUCAAAGCGGUGGUAAUCUUGGCGGCCAAAGCAGCGGCCCCCUUGGCAACAGUCUUAUGAACAAUCUGCCCAAUCAAACGACCAACCUUUUUGAUUCAAAAAAUAAUUCCUCAUCGGAAACGUCAAACCUUAACCUGUCCUCCAGCAGUAACAACCGCAUCUUUGGUUUCGAGAAAAGUGCGCAAGGCACUUCCCUCUUUGCAAAUGCCAAUGGGAAAAACCAAAGUAAAGGUCUUUUUCCCUUUGGCAAUAAUAAUCAAGCUGCGAACCCAGACAAGGACAAAAUGCAGUUGGGUUCCUCAUCCGCGGGUAACCCUGUGUCAAUUUUUGGCCAGAAGAGUAAAGGAGAAUCAACCUUUUCACUCAUGCCAGGGGGUAGUACCGCGAGUAGCAGUAUUGGAGGGGUUAGCGGUACGAGCACCCUUGGCGCGGGUAGCGCCUUGGGUACCUUUGGGGGGUUCGGAGGGGGAACCGGAGCAAGUGGUGCAAGUGGAGGGAGCCUCAUGAACAACAGCGCAGGUGUGUCGUUGAAGCCGAACUCCGUUUUUCAGAGCAACCUUGGUGCUCAGAAGGAGGGAUUUUUUGGGAGCGCCAAGCCGAACGAAAAUAUUUUUGGCACGAGCAGUGCGGGCGCAACGUCAUCACAGACCAACAUUUUUGGAAUGCAGAAUAGCAGCGCUACCAACCAUAGUCCGUUUAGCAAGACGGCCAACACCGCUGGCGGUGGUGUCUUGGGUAAUGUUAGUGGCAAUAUCAGCGGAGGUAUCGGCAGCAGCAUUAGUGGAGGUAUCAACGGCAACAUUAGCGGAAGCCUGGGGCUGAAUAACCCCCCCAGUGGCGCGAGCGGCUCCAUCAGCUUCGGCUCAAGUCUGUCCCCAAACCAAGGCGCGAACAUGGGCAUGGGGAAUAAUUUGUCACAGAUCAAACCAAGUGAGUCACACUUUCAACCGAUGAGUACUCCCACAAGUGCGAACAAUUUGGCGAAUCUGUUUAACAGCGAAAAUGGAUCCAAGGAGUUAUUCAAAGAUUUGAAAUUGUCUACGGACACGGGACAAAAGUUCAGUGUAAAUAAAAAACCACUUUUCUCGAAAAGGGUUAAGAACAACACACUCUUAACGCCGAAUAAUAACACAACUGAGGAAAAUAAUAUUUUCAGUUCCAAUUAUGUGAAUAAAGACAGCUUAUUGAUUAACCAGGACAAACCCGUGAAGGUUAUAUUUGGACAAAACAAAAGUAGCAGUGCGAUGGAUGCUUCCGCAGUUGGAGGUGCGGCUGCUGCACCCAGUUUGGGAAGCACAAACCUAUUUGGAAGUUCCAUCGGCGGAAAUAACAUUAGCGGAAGUGCAACUGGUAGCGCUGCCGGGCUGGGCCUAAGUGGGGGCAUAAAUGAUAAUGCUAAUAACAACCAAGACAAGGCUAAUAAUAAUAACCUCCUUACCCAAAGCAGCAAUCAAAUGGGAAGUAAAAUUACUUUCAAUGCAGCAUCGAGUACGAUAGGGCAGAGCAAUAGUGCCACCACAUUUGGGAAGAGCACCAGCAAUAAUCUGUUCGGAAGUAGUAGCAAUGAUCAAUUCCAAAGCGGCACGAAUAAUCUCUUUGGAAAUAAUCAGACCAAUGAAAAUACAAACAGUAAUGGUACCUCAUCCACAUGGAACCCUUUUUUCACCUCCCCUUAUGGAAACAAAAAUGAUACUCAGAAUAACAACGCCAGUUUGAGUAUUCCUGUGAAGAAAUUAACACUAGAAGAGAGGAAAAAGAAAACGGCCAAAAGUAAUAUGCUCUCUUUAUUUUCGAAUAAUAACAUGGGGGCCACUGAUACAAAUAAUGCGAAUGAUACUUCUUUGGGUACGUCCAUGUCAAAUGGUCUGCUUGGGAAUAAAGAUUCGAGUAGCGUCAACACGUUCAGUUUUAACAACACAUCAAUGGAUAACGUCUCCAAGGAAGGCACCACCGCUGCCCCCACCGCCGCUAAAGAUGCACCCAGCGGUACUUUCCUUUUUGGCCAAAAUAGAGACACCGCCAGUAGCAGUAUCACACUUGGUACUUCGCAAACACCUUGGGGUGAGAAAAAAACAUCCAUCUUCGGCUCCGCCACUUCCGCUUCGAACACAGUGAGUGGUGCCGUCGAGGACGGUUCGAAUAAGGAGGGAAAAGGAGACACCACCUCACCGAACACCAUUAGUAGUAGUAACCCUAAUGAAAAAAGUGCCUUACAGGGUGGUAUGAAAAGCAGCUUAUUCUCAUUCGGCUUAAAUAAGACUGGUGAAAAUAACAGCGCAGAAACAGAAAAGGAAAAACCCAAAAGUGGAAUAUUCGGUUUUGGAAGUAUAAAUGUUAAGGCAGAGGAAAAAGAGCACACAAAAGGGGAGGAUAAAAAUGAAGUGUCGGAGAAGGACAAAAGUAGUGAAGAAAAUGUAUUAAAGAAAAAUGAAAAAGAGAACGUUCAAAUUUUUGGAAGUGCAUUUUUAUCCAGCAUAAAUGGACAAAAUAAAGAUGCAAAUGUGAAAGGAGCUGACUCUGUUCCUUCCCCUUUUGGCUUUGGCAAUACAAACAUGGAAGAAAAUAAAACGAGCUCAUCUGCCUUCAUGUUUCAAUCGAAUAAAGAAGACAGAAGUGCGACUCCCAUUUUUGGUCUUCCCAGCAAGUCGUCGUCCUCCUUUAACGAAUUGCAGACGAGUGAAGAGCAAAAGAAAAUUCCAAUUUUUUCCAUCGGUGGGGAUACGAAGCAGAUGGAUGUUGCCACCCCUCAAUCGGACACCUCCAAUGUGUUUAAGUUUAGCGCCACCGGGGUUGACACGGAUGGUAGCGCACUUGGUGUGAAGGCGGGAGUUGGACUACGCAGCGAUAACAUAAACUACGACGAUGUGAAGAAUAGAAAGAGGAGGAGGAACGUAGAUAUGGACGACCAGGACGAAACCGCUGGAGGGGCCAAGUCCAAGGGGAGAGAUUCCAUAGAUGAGACAAAUGACUGGGGGGGUGAUUAUUUGAGGAGGAAAGGACAUGGUGGAAACCAUUUGCGUGAUGAAAUAAAUGAAGAUAGCUUGAUCUUCAAAAAGAGCAAAUUGGGCAGCGCCCUAACUGACACCAAAAAUAUUUUAAACACAUUAAAAUUUGAUAAUAUUCCAAGUAAAGAUAUUCUAAGUGCAUCUCUUAACGAAACGAGUAUAAGUGCCCGUGAGAACAACUUAAUCGAGGGGGGGGUUCUGAACAAUAAUGCUUCAUUAUGGGAUAGCAAAGAGGUGGGGGGAAGUCCGACAAAGAAUAAAAGUGAAAGUGGUAUGCAGUCCAGUGGAAUUUUCUCCCCCAAAGGAGAUACCAACCAAUUUGGCCUUGGAAAUUCGCUAAGCAAUCAGCUAACAGCAGAGACGAACAACACAAGUGGAGGAUCAGGACAGUUGAAGCAUCAUAGUGGACAGAACCAUAUUAACAUGGAUGACUCGAAUUUUCCUUUUGUCACUCGAGAGGGGAAUAACUUGUUAGAUGACCACGCGAAGAGAUUAGCGAAACAGAAGGAAGAAGAAAUGAACAAGCUAGAAAGAUUAAAAAUGAAUAACUACCUAGUGCCUGAGAAAAACGAAAAUGACGUUGGAAGCAGUGAUGAGGAUGAGGAUGCAAAGGCAUUGAAGGAUGCUAAGAAAGAGCACAUGGUGACAGACAAAAAAAGCGUAGAACGAAUUGUAGCUUAUAAUAAAAAAAUAUCAUUUGACGAUAUAGAAGUUGAUUUAGAUAAAGACAUUAUCGACUUGAAUGAUUUGCGACAAAACUUAUUUUUGUGUGUUUUAAAUUUUCAUUUGAAUUACUGGGCAGAGAAAGUUAUCCUCUUCUAUCCACACAACGAAAAAAUUAAUAAAUUCUGUAACCGCCUUAUGAAAAUAAAAAACGAAUUUGAUGAAACGUAUAAUUUUAAUUUAUUUGAAGAAAUACAUGUAUUAUCUAAAAAACUGUUGAAGAGGCUAGACCGUAAUUGCUGUAUAUACGAAAGUGUGUUGUUCCUUUCGGCUGAAAAUAUAUAUGUCCUGAAAAAUGCCAAGCUGUCUCUGUUCGAAGCUUUCAAUAUAUAUCACUUUUGGUUUCAAAAAAAUAGCCUCGAUGUGAAAAAAAACUUUCAAAAUUUUAUGUACACUAAUAAAAUUUAUCCCUCCUACCUUAACUACUACAUGAACCUUUAUAAAAAUUACAAGUCCUUUAAUUAUAAGUACACGCAAGGGAGUGGCGAGAUGGAAGGAAAAGGCAAGGGGAGUGGUAAGAAGAAGCAAGGCGAUCAGGACGGAGACAGUUUAAACAAUUCGAUUGAGCUGGAGAGGGACAGUGCGAGCAAUUUGACGGACCAGGAGGAGCCCAACCGUAGUGCCGACUCGUCAGGCAGUUCGGGUGACCACCGGGAUGGUGACCCGUAUAGCCAGGGGGAACCGGACAGUGAAAGAAGCGACGUGGGAAGUGAACGCGGAAGUAGUGCUCGAAGUAGUGCUCGAAGUAGUCGCGCAAGUAGUCGUGGAAGUAGUCCUAGAAGCAGCCGCAGAAGCAGCCGCGGAAGUAGUCCCCGAAGCGAUCGUGAGAGGCGCGCGAAAAGGAUGGGCAGGGGCAAGGGCAGGAAGAGGAGCACCGAGCGCAAGGAGAACAGCUUGAUAGAGAUCCUCAACUCGAACAGCAGCGAAGUGUCAGACGUGAUGGACAACAGCAACAAAGAAGAGCCCCUCAACAUGCACUUCAAGGAAAAGUACCUCUACCUGUCCAAGGGAAAGGCCAGAAAAAACAAAUUAUUCAUCCCCUCACAUAUUAGGGUUAAAAAACUCAGUGCAUGUGAGUGCAUACUAUUGGAACUAAUCCUCAAGAGAGACAUAUUGAGCGUUUUAAAAAAAUACAAAAUUCUUAAAACAGAAAAAUAUGAAUACCUCUACGUUAACCUCAUAGCAAUGUUGAAGCAUUAUAAUUAUUUUUCCUUAGAGAAGGAGAAUGAAAUAAGUAAAAGUUCAACUUCCACCAGUGCAACGGUGAGUGGAGGUAAUGAGGGGGAAGGCGGUGGCAAUACAUCUCCUAGCGCAUUUGGACAAAACAAAAACAACCCCCAGUUGAAGAAGCUAAGCAAUCACCUCAACACAAAUUGCGUGAAUACAAAAAACGAUAAAAUUAAUAUCCUGAAAAAGAUAUGUGAUCGAAAUUUACUCUACUAUAUAAAUAUGCAGUUAAAAAAUAUUACCCAUUUGAUAAGCCUAAACGAAAUGGAAAUCGCUUGUGUGUAUUUGAAUCACAUUAAAAAUAAUUUGUACGUCAUGUUCCAGAUGCCUAUUCUGCUCUACAACACUCUAUUCGAUAGAAUCAUUAACUCCUACAAUGAUUAUAUUAUAAUGGAAAAUUUUUUCAACAACUCUUGUUUGUAUAAUGACUUUCGCUAUGAAAAUAUUUUCAAGACGAAGGUUGCAUAUAUGCUGAUGAAGAAAUUUUUUCAGGCGGACGAUACAGAGAAUUGUAUUCGAUUCGCCCUGUACUUUGAGAAUAUUCGAACCAAGGCUCCUCGAAAUAAUAUUUAUAACGAUUAUAUUUUUCAUAAGAAUUUGUUAAGUGCCUACAUCAAGGUGCAUGAAGACAUCGUGCCAGAGGAGUGGAUUCAGGCCCAGACUUCUAACAACAGCGAACUCAGUGACCUCCAUGAUUCAGAAUACCUCGACUACUACUCCUUUUUCUUCAAGGACAUUUCCAAGUAUAUAAAGUUUAAUAUAAUGCAGAAGAUUGUCUCCUGCAACAUAUUCAGCCUGCGCAAGAGGGACUACACGUACGCGGACGAGGGCUGCUCCCUUGCGGGAAGCUUUAUGGUUGGUGGUGUCACUGGCGGUGUGGCAGGCGGCCAGGCAAGUGACAUAACCAGCGGAACGAACAUCCCCACCGGGGAUACUACCACUACCUCCCCCAAUACCUUCGAAGAUAAUUUCGCGUGCUACUUCGUGUACAUGGUGAACCGUUCCAUUUUGGAUGACCUCGUCAAUCUGUAUGCCUCCAAGGGAGACUACUUCUACAAGAGAAUUUCAGCCACACUUAUCAACAGCUCACUUGUAAAGGAAUACGAAAAGACGCACAACAAACAUUUCCACAUGCACGUGCAGGUAGCAAAUAUAAACCACUUUAUGAAAACCAACUUUUUUGAAUAUAUAAAUUUUUUCAAAAAAAAAGAACUUUACCACAUAGAUAAGACAAAAAAUGAAGAUGAAAUUAUGCAAAACUUAGUUAACGUUAUAAAAGGAAAUGGAAAAAAAAUUAUUGUAGUGAUUAACAUGCUUGUCGAAAUUAUUACCAAAAUGGAAAAAAAAAUUUUGAAAAAUGUAAAUAUCUUUAUUACCAUAAAUUUGAGGAACUUAAUCAUUGACACAUUUUAUCUCUUCAAGUACAUUUUCAACAAUAAAGAGUUUUCCCUGCACUUGGUGGAAGACAUGUACAGGAAUGCCGUAAUUUUUAACGACCUCAUCAACUCCACCUUCUCGGACGAUGUCCAUUAUUACCCCAAGGAACAAAUAAAGGAGCUUUACACUUACAUCCGUCACAAGUUUACCAACCAAAAUUUGAUCGCCUGA